AUGGCAGAGGCCAUCUCUCCCUUCAUCACAAUCGGUCAGGAUAAGUACUAUGUCGCCUUGGACUCGGAUUGCAGCCGUUUACCGCCCUCCUUGGUUCCCAGACUCACUCGAUUUGAGCAAGAGCUCAUUCCCGCAACUGCCAUCGAAUGGAACGAGUCAAGCUUCACCCCAGAUCACCUUGCUUCAGUAUCCUCCAACUUCAGCACCGCAGAUGACAUCUGGAGCAAGAGUUUCCUCUCCUUGAUUCUCUUGCUGCGCCCGUCCGGCACGGAAUGUAACGUCAGAAAACGGCGGAUCCUUUCUGUCUGGAACUCCCAAGUCGAACUGAAUAAUGGGCCGUACGUCGUCUCAAGAGCGUCAGGUAAAGUCUUUCGCGUCUAUAAACUGGCAACAGACUCUCAUCAUGCGUUUGUGACCGGGAUCUUGCGGCAGCCAGGUUCAACGUCAACAUGGCGAAUUUUUCCAAUCGGUGUCCCAUUGCCCUCAAAGCUGUCUCGCAAUCACGAUGGUAGACCUUUAGCGGGCUUGAGAUUCGCCGUCAAGGAUACAAUCGCCAUCAGAGGACUGAAGACUGCCUUUGGCAACAAAGCCUGGCAUGACACCUAUCCUCCAGAGAAAGCCACUGCGCCGAUUAUCAAAUCACUACUCGAAGCUGGCGCUGUUCUGGUCGGAAAGCUCAAGACGACCGAGUUCGCCGAGGGGAUUGACCCCUGCGAAUGGACUGACGAUGUCUGUCCUUUCAACCCGAGGGGUGACGGCCUCCAAAAACCCUCGUCUUCCAGUACUGGCAGUGCCGUAGCAGCCGCAGCUUACGACUGGUUGGACUUCACAAUUGGAACAGAUACUGGCGGGUCGAUAAGACAUCCGGCCGGGGUGAACGGAGUAUUUGGGCAACGACCUUCGCAUGGACUGAUAAGCCUUGAGGGAGUCCUCGGAGCAACGGACUUGUUCAACACGGUUGGAAUCUUUGCCAGGAAUAUCGAUGUUUUCACUCGCGUCGGCUCUUAUCUCAUUUCCAGGGCUCAGCCCUCGUCGAGGUUUCCUCCAGAGAGUCGCAAGUAUAACUUGCUCUGCCCAACAAGACCAGCGCCAUCCAACAAUGGAGGGAAUUAUCAUCAUGACCAGCAAAAGUGGCUUCCCCAUCCCACAGUCGACGCGAAACACUGGUCCCUAGCUGAGAAACAAAUCGAGACAAUGCUCACCAGACUCGCAUCUCAUCUUGACUGUGAGAGGGUGUUUUUUGACAUCGAUGAGCUGUGGAGAGCCACACCACCGAUUGGACAGCCAAGGUCGCUUGAUGAAGCUGUGGGACACAUCUACUCAUCUAUCACGACAGCGUCGGCGCUUGCAGGAGGCAUCGAUCAAUUCUUAGACAAAUACCGGGCCAACAACAACGGAGGGCCUCCAAAAGUGUCGGAUCUGGUCCAGCGCCGUCUCGAACAUGGACGCAACUUGUCCACAGAGAGAAUCAUCGACGCCCUGGAGGCGAUGCAGGCGUUCAAACUUUGGGUCGAAACCACUGUUUUCGGUUCCUACGACCAGGAAGCCAUCACUUUGUUGGUAUUCCCGCAAUCCCGUGGUCACCCAGACUACCGCGACGACGUGCCCGACCGAACUGAACUCUUCAAUGAUACUUUCAGCAUCUAUUCUUUCGGGUAUUUGGUAGGGUGUCCAGACUACACGAUCCCUAUUGCAGAGGUUCCGUAUUUGUCAAAGAUUACCUCUGAGAUUGAAUAUCUUCCCGUAUCGAUCAGUCUCGUUGGGCGGCCAGGCUCGGAUCUGGAGCUCUUCAAUGUCGUGCGACAAUUGCACAGGUUUGGUGUCAUCUCGGAUGUGGCCACGGGCCCGCGACUAUAUCCACGGCAGCACAUUGAUGCUCAUGGCGUAUCCUCGCACCACAGUGCAAGCAGUCCGAUCUAA